UAGUAAAUACUUAAUCAAUAACAUAUUAAUAGAUUAUCAACUGUGAUUGUUGUCAUUUUCACCUCAACCAAGAGACAAUUAGUUGUCAAUUAGUAAUCAAUUUUAUCUUCCAAUUAACCGGAUUGUUUGCUUUCUAAUUGUAACAAUUGUCUAUUUUAAUCCUUGUUUGUGACACCAGACCGAAUUCACCUGAACCCUUUCACCUCAACUCAUUCCGACUAAUCAACAAUCGCUCUGCUUUCCAUUACUAACACAACUACCUGAUAAUCAGCCUUCACUGAUCAAUCAUUUCAUUUAAUCCACUUUCGAUUAAGUUUUGUCUCGAUGACAUCGUUAACACAUUAACAUCAUAAUCUCCCAUCAACAACAGUUAAAGAAAGUAUCAAAAUCCAUCAGGAGAGCCUUAAAUUACUGUGACAAAAUGGUUUCUAGACCAAGUAACCAGGAAAACUAUGUGGUUGAACAUUUAGCCACAUUCUCAACAUCGAUGACCUCACAACAACCGAUAACACCCAAAGUGGCCAUUCAGCGUUUGUUUGCUAUGGAAAAGACCUCAGGGAUAUGGACUCAGCGAAUGUUUGUUAAAAUCGAAGGUAGCCAUAUGUUAAUUAUUGAUGUCGAAUCAAAUGAUAUCGUUGAGAGGUUUCCUGUUGCCUUCAUCCAACAGCCAAUCUCAUUCAGCCAUCGAGAUCACAUGUAUGAUAACAUAUUGAUUUUCACUGUCCAACAUCCGGAAGAAAGUCAAGGUGAACUUCAUAUUUUCCAGUGUGUCUCCCAUUCUGCUCAACAAAUAGCUGAAGACAUUUCCAGUUGGAUGAGGAAACACGGCAAUCUCGCCAUCACCGUGGACCAUAUUCACCACGAACCCAAUCCCAUUUCCGUCAAUGUUCACGUUAAAGAAACAGUCAACGCAUUCAACGCUCUUGCAGCUCAAAGAGAAAAGAAACCAGCCUCACCAUCUAUAAGCAGUUCCCCUCAAAGACGGACUCCACCAUUAGGACCAGGACACAAUUCUCGUGACCAUGACUCUAGAUCUGUAACCACGACAAGUUCAAUUGAUUCAAAUCACAAUGCAGCUCCGAGAACCAAUUCUCAUGACCAGUCUCUUUCAAACGAACGUUACGUUUCGAUUCUGAACCAUUGUUUCGACGAUAUCGAAAGAUUCAUCCAACGACUUCAACACGCUGCUGUAGCAUUGAAGGAACUCCAACUUCGUAGUCACAAACGAGGAGGUAAAGGUGCAGCUCAUGGUGGUGAUGGUUUACUUUCAAUUAGAGCUCGAGGGCCAAGCGAAGUUGAGUUUUACGAGAUUCUUGGAAAGUUCAAGUUAGCAUUUAAUUUAUUGGCCAAAUUGAAAGGUUUUAUUCAUGAUCCUAAUGCACCAGAACUGGUCCAUUUCUUGUUUACACCUUUAGCAAUAAUAAUUGAAGCUGCUCGCAUGAAUGGUCCAGUUCCCAUUGAUCCGGGAGCAGUGACAGUCCCAUAUUUAAGUGCCGAUGCCAUUGAAUUAUUAUCUAAUUGUUGCACCAGUAAGGAAACUGAACUAUGGCAAUCGCUUGGUCUUAAUUGGACUCAACCUGUUAGACACCCGAUCGGUCCAUCUUCUCGUCUGGGUCAAGUGUAUCAACCUGUUUUCUCCGAUGGUUGGGCUCCGACUAUAACGGAAAAAGAUUUGAUGGGCUUCCUCUCUUCCUCGGAGACAUCUGAACAUGAAGAUGACGGUUUACCUUUAAGCAGGGAGACGCCCGUCAGAAGAGACCGAUCUGACUAUGGUCGUCACCAUCCUCCGCACUUUGUUGAUAGUGACAUUGAUGAUCACUUAGAGCAUCAUAUGGUUGCACCUCCACACAAAGGUCCUCCUCCACCUCCAUCAGGUAUGCAUCAUGCACGACACCCACCACCUUCACCCAUUGACUCAAUUGAAAGAGACUCUCCAACGAUGGGGCAUCUCAGUGAAUUGGAACAAACAACUUGGUUAAAUGAAUUGCAAGAUAAAGGAGCCAAGAUUGUUCAGGUUUUAUUCCCAAGAACUGCCAAUAAUGAAAAGGAAUUGACUGUUGAAAAAGGUGAAAUUUUAGAAAUAUUAGAUUCAUCACGAAACUGGUGGAAAGCUCGCAAUUCUCGUGGACAAAUCGCUCAUGUUCCCAAUACAAUCGUUGAACCAAUUUCAAGUAACUACCAAUUCAACCGAAGUGAAAGAGGAAGCCGUUUAACAAGAGGAUCUCCUGAUGAAGAUUGGAUCCGUAAAGAGAGACAAGGUAAAAAAGAUUUGUCUGGUGCUUCUUAUCAAGGAAAUUCGUCUCGUAACUCGUCUCGACAUCGCAUUCUACCAAGAUGAGUUGAUUAAUUGUUACAAUUACAAUCAAAUGAUCAACACAAACUUUUCCUAAAGGACCUGAUUCUAUAUUUAUACAAUCUCGAAGCAAAACAAUACUUGAUAUUAUCAUUCUCUGAUCAGUUCUUACGAUUCUUUAACUUUCCAUCUUCAAUUUGUCCGUUCAAAUCGCGAUUUAUUAAUAAUCGAUAAUUAAAAGUUGAUUGGUGCAAAUUUUAUAAAAUAAUUAAAGGGCUCAAAUUGUAUCCAUUUCAAUAAUCAAAUUUCACUUAAAAUAGCCAAUUCUCAAUAUUUACCAUCUUCCAUCAAUAAAGUAUAUUAAUUGUUAA